AACUCUCCCUCUCUCUCUCUCUCCUCUCUGUCUACUCUCUCUCCUCUGUUUGUGUGCUGCCCGUCAUUAAGAAACUAUGGGUAAAAGGCCCGGUCGGUCGCAAAUGGGUCUCUUUGUCUCUCCUCCCUCCCCCCUUUCUCUCUAUUAAAACCCCCCUCAUCUCCCAUUUUCCAUUCCUCAUCAUUCUCUGUCUCUCUCUCUCUCUCUCUCUCUCUCUCUCUCUCUCUCUCUCUCUCUCUCUAUACAUGUAUAUACAUUCACUCACACACAAUAAUACCCAGUCUCACAUCCAAUCUUCUUCUUCCCCCAUAUUCAUCACUCCCACAUUCCAUCUCUCUCUCUCUCUCUCUCUCUCUCACUCUAUAUAUACAUUUAUAGCAAGUCCAAGAGGUGAGUCACCACCACCAAUACAAAACAAUGAGUAGUGAGUCAAGCACAAACUCCUCAUUCUCACCAUCUCCAUCAUCACCAUCAUCGUCUUCCGGGUUAAACCCACCAACCAAAUCAUCAGACCCGACCCAGAAACAACGACCCAACAAGAGGAGCAGAGAUAGCAACAACAGCAAACACCCAAUCUACAGAGGGGUCCGAAUGCGGGCAUGGGGCAAAUGGGUUUCCGAAAUCAGAGAGCCCCGAAAGAAGUCCCGGAUCUGGCUCGGAACCUUCUCCACCCCUGAAAUGGCAGCCCGAGCCCACGACGUCGCCGCCCUCUCUAUCAAGGGCACCUCCGCCAUCCUCAACUUUCCCCAACUCGCCCAGGUCCUCCCCCGACCCGCAACGUGCUCUGCACGUGACGUCCAAGCCGCCGCCGCCAAAGCCGCCUCCAUGGACCACCUCAGCCCCUCCUCUUCCUCCUCCGCCGCUACGCCGUCGUCAUCUUCGUCGUCGGAGGCGCCGGAGGAGCUGACCGAGAUUGUGGAGUUGCCGAGUUUGGGAACGAGUUACGAGUACGAGUUGGCUGAGUCGAGGGACGAUUUUGUGUUCAUGGACUCGGGGGCGGUGGACGGGUGGAUCUACCCGCCCCAGUGGUUGCACGACGAUUAUGGGUAUUUCGGGUCGGAUCCGAUGGCAAUGACAGAGGACAGUAGUGUAAUUUCGGGCAGUUUCGAGACUUUUUUGUGGCAACAUUAAUAAAUAAAAUAAAUAAUGCUUAAUGCUGCUGGUGAGCUGAGAAAUAUAGGGGUGUGUUGUGAGAGUUUUUUUUGUUUUUAUGGUUUUUUAAACUUUUUUUUUUUUUUUUUAAAUUUAUCAUUUGUAGCCCUUUUGACCUGUUUUUUGUGUGUCUCUCUUUGAUGAAAGGGGGCUAAAAUUACAAACCUUUCUCUUCUCUUUUCU